UUUCUUGCAUAUUAAACCAAAACACACAGGUACCGCUCAGAGAAUCUUAGAGACAAAAAAAAAAACCCCUGAUUCACUGGAGGAGAUGCCUGGAACUACUAUUGAACCUUUAGAUUUGGUUGGUUUACAAGUUCCUUAUCAUUUCAGGUGCCCAAUCUCACUUGAGCUCAUGCGUGACCCUGUCACAGUCUGCACCGGCCAAACCUACGACCGCUCCAGCAUCGAGUCCUGGGUCGCCACCGGUAAUACCACUUGUCCCGUCACUCGUGUCCCGCUCACUGACUUCACCUUCAUCCCCAAUCAUACCCUUCGCCGACUUAUUCAAGAUUGGUGUGUCGCCAACCAGGCUUUCGGAAUCCAGAGAAUUCCCACGCCUAAACAACCUGCUGACCCCACCAUGGUUCGGACCUUGUUGGGUCAAGCUUCGUCGGCUUCGAAUCCGUUUCAGUCUCGUCUUUCUGCUCUGCGUAGACUCAAGGGUCUUGCUCGAGAUUCUGAGAAAAACCGGUGCGUUAUUUCUUCCCUUAACGUACGGGAAAUGUUGAUAAAUAUCUUGUUUUCUGAUACGGGUUCGGGUUCGUCGGAUUUGAACGUGGAGGCGCUAGCGGUUUUAGUGAUGUUCCAACUUUGUGAAUCCGACUGCGAGUCGAUCGCCUCGGAUCCAGAGAGAGUGAUGUACCUGUCGCAUAUGUUGUUCCAUUCAUCUAUCGAAGUCCGAGUCAACUCGGCUUUGCUCAUUGAAAUCGUUCUCUCGGGAACGAGUUCGUCGGAGCUCCGAGCUCAGAUAAGCAAUGUGGAUGAAAUCUUUGAAGGUGUGACGGACAUACUAAGGAACCUUAACUCAUAUCAGCGCGCGUUAAAAACCGGGAUUCGGGCUCUUUUCACUUUGUGCUUAGUGAGACAAACCCGGCAGAAAGCAGUUCAAGCCGGGGCGCCGGAGACGUUGAUCGACCGAUUGGCGGAGUUGGAUAAAUGCGAGGCGGAGCAGGCUUUGGCGACGAUAGAUUUGUUAUGCCGGAUCCCGUCGGGGUGUUCGGCUUUUGCUUCGCACGCGCUGACGGUCCCGCUGUUAGUGAAAACGAUACUAAAGAUAUCGGACAGGGCGACGGAGUAUGCGGCGGGUGCGCUGAUGGCGCUAUGUUCGGAGUCAGAACAGUGUCAGAGGGACGCAGUGAAUGCGGGAAUUCUGACUCAGCUGCUGCUGUUGGUUCAGAGUGAUUGUACGGAGAGGGGAAAGAGGAAAGCUCAAAUGCUGCUUAAAUUGCUUCGGGAUUCGUGGCCAGAGGAUUGUACGGGGAAUUCGGAGGAUUUUGGUUGCAGUGAAAUUGUACCCUUUUGAACAUACAUAGAUUGCGAUU